AAAUAAAAUAGAAUUAGAUAAAAUAACGUUUAAGAAUGUAAUCAGAAGUUAAAAAUAAUUAACUAAAUUUCAAAUGUUUUCUAAUUUAUCUUAUAAUCCUAGAUAUAAGGUUGUGUGUAUUAAUCAAAAAUAUUAAAUAUUAAAGUCAGUUUAUUUAAUAAAAAAAAAUGAAUAAUAAAAAUCCUGAUUUAAUGCGUACUCCAUUGAGAAAUUCUUAUUUAGCAAACAAACCUUUUUGUUCGCCAAUGAGAAGUGAUAUAACUCCAGUCAAGAAUGUCAAGAACGAUUUGAAAAGACUUUUAUCACCAUCUCCAUCUCCUAAUGCAAAACUUUUAACACCAUCACGAGAAGUUAUAAAACGCCGCAAAAUUGAUAUAAGUGAAUCGGAAAAUAUUUACAGUCCGAAAAAAAAUCUUCAAGAUUCAGAGCCAACUUAUGGUGAUUUUCUGACACUCAAAAGCAGAAUUAGGAUUAAAAAAAUGGAGAUUGAAAGCCUUAAAACGAAAUUAGCCUAUCGAAAAAAGAAUAAUCAAGAAGAUCUUCACGUAGAUAUUGAAAAAUGGAGAGAAGCCUGUCAGCAAGCUCUUAUCCAGUACCAAAAAGAUUGUUCAGAGAAACUAGACAAUGGAAAAACUUUAGAAAUGGAUGAAAUAUUAAAAAUGUUAGGCAUUCCUGAGCAUAUUGUAAAGUUUCCAAGUGAAGAUUAUUAAUUAAUACGUAAACAUAAAUAUAUUUAUUAAAAUAAUAAA